AUGACAAUCUCGGAAAUAGCAGAAUCUUCCAAGAGGGAUGAAGAGAUUAUGGACGCAAUCAGUUGCCUGGAGAACGACUCCUGGAAGCCUGAUAGUUCAGUGAGCUUCUAUCCAUUUCGUAACGAGCUGUCAGCGUUUGGCUCGCUCCUUUUGAGGGGAAACCGCGUAGUCGUGCCAAGAUCUCUAAGAAUGAAAAUACUGGAGUUAGUCCACGAAGGUCAUCCCGGCGAGACAGCAAUGAAACGCCGCCUGCGGUCCAAAGUAUGGUGGCCACAAAUAGACCGAGAGGCAGAAAAGUUUGUCAAAGCUUGCAGAGAUUGUUGCCUGGUAUCGCAAGACAUCCGGCCAUCCUCUAUGGAUAGAAAUCCUUUUCCCACUGGCCUGUGGAUUUGGGUAGCGUCGGAUUUGCUAGGUCCGUUACCUAACAAUGAAUAUGUUCUAGUCUUUAUUGACUAUUUCUCACGAUAUAUGGAGCAUAAGUUUCUUAAAACCAUAUCUUCAACGAUCCUGAUAGAGGCAAUGAAAGAAAUCUUUUGUAGACUGGGAUAUCCUGAGUACCUACGAACUGAUAAUGGACGCCAGUAUGUUAGCGAGGAGUUUUCUAACUACUGCAAAGCGUGCGGCAUUGAAAAGGUUAGGACCCCACCGUAUUGGCCGCAAGCAAACGGGGAAGUUGAGAACAUGAACAGAGCCCUUGUGAAACGUCUAAAAAUAGCAUACGCAAAUGGGAAAAACUACAAAGAGGAAAUCCAAAAGUUUAUUUUGAUGUACAAUGUAACCCCACAUGGAACAACAGGGUCAGCGCCCACAAAGCUAAUGUUCAGCAGAGUCAUCCGUGACAAAAUACCAGGCAUUGGGGAUAUCUACGAGAAAACCUUAGACUCUGGGGAAAGAGAUAAAGACAUUAUUGAAAAAUAUAAGGGAAAGCAGGCAGCCGACAAAAAAAGAGGGGCAAAGGAAGUCGAUAUAGAAGUGGGUGACAAGGUACUUUUGAAAAACGUAGUGUUCCCAAACAAACUUACAUCAAACUUCGACAAGACGGAAUUUACGGUGUUAGAACGACACAAUAACAUUGUGGUGAUCGAAGGGGGUGGUAGAAAACUAACAAGAAAUGCCUCACAUCUUAAGAAAGUCCCGGCUAGCCAGACGUAUCCAGCCUCCUGCCCAACGCCGCAAUCAGAUGCCAGCCUACCGGAAUCAACACCAACUUCGGAGGUCGCAGUACUUCAGCCCACAGAAGGAGGCCUCGGGAUCCAGCCACCCCUGCCGCCAUUAAAGCUAAAACUCGUCAAUAAAGGAGGGAUGUGGCGACCGGCAUUGCCAACAACCAAGCAUCGAGAGAGCAGCGACGGGAGAGGCGCUAACGAUCGCCCAGCGUCUGAGUGA